AUGUCCAUGAAUUCUCUGGAUGACCCGUAUUAUAACUGCCACUCCAAGAUAGAGGAAAAGCUGAAGGUUCCAGGAUACAUUCCCCUGCCGAAAAAGUAUUUUGCGACCUGGAACAAAGCCAAAGACCUCUUGGCCAAACUCGGCCCAAAGCUCGGCAAGCUCAAUCCCCUGUAUGGCACGGCGAUCAUGGCCUACACCAUCGGAGACAGCCUGUACAGUGACUUCAACGCCGCCGUACGCGAGGGCGGGAAAUCCAAGUACGCUUACCAGCACUUUGCCUUCAAGGACUUCUAUUUCGUCUUCAACCGGGCUCUUCAGGCCAAGAAGAAAAAGCCUGCCUGCUACGAGGUCUUCCGCGGGAUCAAAGGUGUCUGCUUCACCCUCCCCAGCAAGGAGGUCCGCUUCGGACAGUUUGCCUCCUCGUCGAAGAUCAAAAAAAUAGCCCAAGGUUUCGGCGAGGACACCUUCUUCUCCAUCAAGACCUGCUACGGCGUGUCCAUUUCCCCGAUCUCCUUGCGCCCGUACCAACAGGAAGUCAUCAUCCCGCCCUACGAGAAGUUCACCGUGAUCAGUCACAAUAAGACCCUCAAGGGGGUCUUCAUCAGGCUGGUGUCCCAGGGAUUUUUCAGCCGCUUCAACUGUGACAAUCUGAAAGAUUUCAGUUUCAGAGGAAACACCGAGAAAGUCUAG